GAGCGCUGGGGCAUCGGCGGCUGCGCAAUGGUCGCUCGAACUCGUUGACGCCGCUGUGCUCGGCCUCCACUCACCUGCCGCCGCCAGAGAUGGCUCCCACAUGCCGGUCGCUGGCAGCCAGUGUGGCCGCCGCCGUGCUCCUGCUCGGCUUCUGCUGUGGCGCGGCAACCGGCGUGCAAGAUGAAGAGAAGGUCGAUUCAGGAAUUAAGAAAAUAUCUUCACCACAUCCGACGACUAAUGCUGUUAGCGAUCAAUCUAUUGCCAAAACAAAUCUGGGUUUCAUACAUGCCUUUGUUGCAUCCAUAUCGGUCAUUAUUGUUUCUGAGCUGGGUGACAAGACAUUCUUCAUUGCAGCAAUUAUGGCAAUGCGAUACAAUCGUCUGACUGUACUUGCUGGAGCUAUGUUGGCUUUGGGAUUGAUGACUUGUUUGUCUGUUCUCUUUGGCUAUGCGACUACAAUAAUACCCCGGAAGUAUACAUACUAUGUGUCAACUGCGCUAUUUGCAAUAUUUGGCUUCCGGAUGCUUUGGGAAGGCUUGAAGAUGAGUCCCAAUGAAGGUCAGGAGGAGCUGGAAGAAGUGCAAGCAGAUAUCAAAAAGAAAGAUGAGGAUUUUCAACGAUCAAAAGUGGCAAAUGGUCCACGAGAUAUUGAGACUGGCUCAACGACACAUCUGCCACAAAAGAGGCGAUUGCAUUGUAUUUCUCCAAUUUUUAUUCAAGCAUUUACACUCACGUUUCUGGCAGAGUGGGGAGAUCGGUCCCAGUUAACUACUAUUGUAUUAGCUGCCCGGGAGGAUCCCUUUGGUGUUGCUGUAGGUGGGACAGUGGGUCACUGCCUUUGUACUGGAUUGGCAGUAAUUGGAGGAAGAAUGGUUGCUCAGAAAAUCUCAGUUAGAACAGUGACUAUCAUUGGUGGAAUAGUUUUCUUGGCAUUUGCACUUUCUGCCUUGUUCAUCAGUCCCGCCAGUGGAUUUUAACAGGAUGUGUCCAGAAAUGUUGAAUUUGAAAUCGUGAUUUCUAUUUUUGUAAAGGUACAGAAUAUCUGCAAAUUGAAGAAAACUUGAUGUAGACCUUUGCCUCCAGUACAGUUCACGUUUCAGCUACAGUUCGCGUUUCAGCUUUGAGUUUGAUUUGAGCAUCCUCUGUUUCCUGUAUAGAUAUGUCAAUAAGUAGAUGCCUUGCUGCUCUCAGUGAACAGACUGAAAUCUGUAUUGGAAUGUUACCUUGGGAAGAGGACACUUUUAAAAUAAUUUUUCAUAAGGGGAAUCUAAACCUAAGCAAUGACGUAAAUGUUACUACAAUCCUUGCUCUCUGGAAAAUGGUUGCACAGCUAUUACUCAAUAUAAAGCACUCCUUUUGGUUACUUUGUCAUGUACACUGUCUGUACUUGUUCACAUAAAGUGUUGGUUUAAAAC